AUGUCUUGGGACCGAGUGCUCCCCGCUCCAGCUGGUCUGCACUAUGAGCAUCCCCAAGUCAGACCUAGCGACCUUCUCGACCACAAGAUAAUGAGUGACCUUCCCAAGUCUCACGGGCCUUUGGUGUACCGCCAGGACUCGUUCAAAUAUGCCGAUCUGCGCCUAAAUGAAGUGCCACAGGCCCAUCAGCAAAUGGCAGUCUUGAACAAAAGCGAAACUGGCAUUCAGAGCGAUCAAAUGACGCUGAUGGCAAAUGCACAUCCGAAUCUCAAUCUAGUGGCGAGAACACCCGGGGCUAUGGUCUCCACGGAAGUCUCCCGCUCCUCUUCCUCUUCUGGCAGUGCGAGCCCGGUGAGAUCUGUCAAGGAGAGAGACAUGUUUUGUCUUUGCCAGCCGGAUCCGAAAGUGCCACGACCUCGUAAUGCAUUUAUUCUAUAUCGACAGCACUACCAGGCGACCGUAGUGGCCCAUAAUCCGGGCAUGGCAAAUCCAGAUAUCUCCAAGAUUAUCGGGGUGCAGUGGAGGAAUCUCUCAGAAGAAGAAAAGUCGAAGUGGAGGACUUUAGCGGAGGAAGAGAAAAUCCGCCAUAACCAGCAAUAUCCUGGCUAUCGCUACCAGCCCCGACGAAGUGGUCGGGACGGUGGCAGUCGUGGCCCUGGCUCGGGUAUCAGUAACAAUACAUCUGGUGGCACUCACUGCACUCGCUGUGGGGGUCGGUUUAUGCAUCCGCCAUCACCAAUGACCCCAUUCACACCAACGACUGCUACCUCAGAGUACCGACCAUCUGGUCUCUCAACACCCGUCACGCAAAAGACCGUCAUGACAGCCAGGAGCUCGCACGGCAGGGAUAGAGACGAGCCCAAGCUGAUUAAAAUUGACGCAAUGGACUCUCGCUCUCGCUCUCGCCAGACAGAGGAGAUCGGUGGGAGAUCACCAGACAACAAACGUCGUCGUAUUUCGCAUACCCAUAUUUCCCAAAUCUCCCCUAAGCCGGGCAUGAUCGCCCGCCAAGAUAUAAGUCCCGAGUCUCCAUACUCGGCAGCACCGUAUAGUGCUCGUCCGGACAUGCAACCCCGAAGCAUGCUUCCGAUGCUACAUCCACAACGCCAAUACAGCAGCGUACAGGGCCAGUCACACCCUGACCCAAGCUUAAAACUACCACCGCUUCAAACCGGCACACCUGUCAUGACUCCUAUUACACCGAAUUUCUCCACCGAACCCAGCGUGGAGACCACCGUCAUGACAAUCCCCUUCCUCAACAAAAUCAAGGUCCUUGCCAAAAUCUCCCCACCUCUGGUCCCAUCGUUCCGGGAGUCCAGCCCCCAAAUUCGAGGUCCCGUCAUUGCAGUCGACGGCCACGACCCAGAACUGGUCCAAGUCGCAGUGGAAUACCUCCACCGCCUAUUAAGGAAGGAACCCAAAUACCACGUCCGUGUCUUCGACGGACCAGACAUCAAGCCACAACGCGACCCCAAUUCAGAAGGCGGCCCAAUGGGCGACGCAACAGUCGAUUACCUGGACACCAUCUCGGCAUGGCAUCGCAUCUCCGACGAAGUCGUCAGCUUCGUCAAGUCUAUCUCAACAGCCAUGUCCGUUGACUCCCGUUCUAGCCCGGAAGAGGAGCCCAUCAAAGUAAACCUCUCGCCUAAAUCUCUCAUUCCAAAAACUGCUAGCAUGCAGAUCCACUCACCUGCACAAUCAAGCGAAAAUGGCUCCGAUGCUAGUGUUUCGCCAAGUGCACUUGGAACCCCGUGUUCUAUUCCUAUUGCGCUCGUUCCGCGGUAUCAGAUCACGACGGCAGACGCAUUCGCCUGUUCAAUCCCCAUUCAUGAUUCAUACGCUCCUCUUGAUCAUUGGCAAUGGAUGGCGUCGCUCUGGCGUGCCUGUGUUGGGCCUGACAUCACCGUUUAUAUCCGGGAAUGUACUCGUGAGGAACUGGAGCGUGCGGGCGGGAAUGCCGUUGAAGUACGAUUACAAGAUGCACGGACCAUUAUACUCAGGAAGGUUGUUGGAUCAUCGCGAGAAUUGGAGGAGAAGGCGUUGAAGCGCGUAGGCUUUGAGAUUGAGGAUUUCUUGACACAGUGA